AUGGCCAAGUGGUACGAGAGAAGUCUGGUGUGUGUUGCGUACUUGGAUGACGUUCCUGCAUUCGAUGAUCGCGGGGAUUGGCAACAAGCUGUAAAGAACACUGGGUGGUUCCGCAGGGGCUGGACUUUGCAGGAACUUUUGUUCCCAUAUGAUGUCAUCUUCUGCGACCGCGAUUGGACUGUGCUGCCCAACUUGCGCAAGUGGAGUCCCAUGAUCUCUGAGAUCACCAACAUACCUAUGCGGUGCUUGAAGCCUGUCUUCUCCCACCACGAUUCUAGUGUAGCUUGCAAGAUGAGCUGGGCACCUAGACGCAAGACUACCAGGGUCGAGGACGAAGCGUACUGCCUACUAGGGUUGUUCGACGUCAACAUGCCUCUUCUAUAUGGCGAGGGCUGA